UCGAGGCGUGUGACCUGAGCUGGGCCAACAGUAGCACGUCGAGCAACAGCGGCGGUGGUGGUGGUGGUGUUGGUGGCGGUGGAGGAGGCAGUGGUAGUGGUGGAAGCUGCAGUAGCCCAAGCAGUGCCGCAAACGAUUCGCGCCUCAACAUGACGACUACGAUGAUCGAGGUGACGCCACGACACCAGCGCGAACAGCUGUCACAGUACAACGAUGUCACGACCAUUCUGACUGGCCUGGGGCUGGAGCAUUACAUCAAGAACUUCAUCAAUGGGGAGAUCGAUAUGACAGUCUUCCAGACGCUCACCGACCAGGACCUGCUCAAUCUGGAAAUCAAACCGCUCGGGGCACGCCGCCGUAUAUUGAUGGCAAUACACGAUUUGUGUGCACGGCAGGGUACCGGCAUGUUCGGCAGCGCCCUGUCGCCCUCGGCACUCUCAACUUCCCUGUCACGUUUCUCUGGCUCUGCGGCUCCCGGUGCGGAGCGACGUAGCUCCAGUGGCCAAUAGUGGCCACCAGGCGGUGCGGCAAGGAAGCGGGAGUGCAGAAGCCUUCCCAUGGGGUCUGGAGCGGUUGAUGGUCAAGCUACAAGCGCCGAGCCACUGCUUGCGGAUGAUUUGUGGACGCGAAGAAAAAUUAAUUAAACCUGCGUUUAAUUAAUGUCGUGUACGGUUCGGACUCACCCGGAUCGCUUCGGUAUCGAUUUGCUGCAGCAUCUUAGUGAUCAGUAAUUGAGUAUCGAUCGGUAUCGGAACCACCACCCAAAGCCAGCAAACGAAAGCAAUGUGAGUGGCCAAAUCGACACUCUGUUCUGAGGUGAGAAAGUACACGAAUAAGAAAAAAUCCUUCAACCGAAAGCGGAAUCUCCUUGUGGGAACUGUAACCGGAGAAACGACUCGUCCCAGUGACUCGGAUUAGGACGAACACAUUCUCCCAACAAAAAAAAAAUCCCCCCAACCACAUACCCAGCAACGACAUCAAGACGCCAAAUGACACGAUUUGACCAGAUGAGGACUAAGGAGCACAACGAGAACAAAGCCGAAGCCGGCCCCCCGAACAUCGCAUCUGACACAGCAACCACUGCGACUGAAGUGCAGCGAGGGCGACCGUGAAUGGCACAAAGCAAGCCGGACAAUAAUUGCAAUUAAAUACAACGCAGCACCCGUUGCUACACUCGGACAGCAUUGGACGACGACCGGCUGUUGGCAUGGCGACGGGAAGGACAUUUUGACACACGGAACCAACAAAAUACGUGCCCAGCACUUCAACCCCCGCCCCCACUCGUUCCCACCGGAUAGUUCGCUUUCGGCGAAAUGAUUUUAAUUCCUUUGAUACUGAGCAUUGGGACACAGAGAGAGAGAGAGAGAGAGAGAGAGAGAGAAAGAGGGAGAGAGAGAGAGCAACGCGACUGGACAGCUACUCCGGACCACUAUUAUCCCUUCGCGGUGCAACGCAGCAACCGCGAUGCGCCAAGGCAGCCUUGUGUGCAUCCGCUCAGUUCAAACAAAUCCGCGACCCACCACUCCCCAAUGGGAGGCUUGCGAGCCUUUUAUUUUCUUGCAUGAUUAUGAUGAUUAUGAUGAUACCACCCACCCGGAAACCACGGAAAACCGACCCUCGGACCGACCCUCGCACUCACAAGCACACUAAUUGCAUGCCUUUCAACUCUUUAUUGUAUUGAUUUUAAUUUGAAUUUGAAAACAGA